UCUUUUGGGUAGUUGUUGUCGAGUAACAUUUUGAAUAGGACGUUUAUUUCUUAACAAUGGUCUUCUGGUGUUGUUGUAAGUUUACGUGUUCUAUCUGCAAGACCUUGUACUAAUCCUUGUUUUACUGUAAGUGGGUGAGCUGAGUGAUAAUCAAGUUAUCUUGCGGAGUGUGUAGUUUCUCUAUGUAGUAUCGUUUUUAUGCUACCAGCUUUUACUCUUUGUAUUUUGCAGGCUAACAUAGGCAGUUCCCCAAUUUCAUCCUCUAUUUCCAUAGUGAAUUUUAUUGAGUCAACAUGCCUGUUUAUGUGCGAGAAGAGUUUCUCAACAUCGUUCUUUUCACUAUUGCUAACAUGUCGUUUUCAUAUCCCCACCAACAUUUUAUUGAUGACCUGAAUGGUUUAAGUGCAUUCUCUUCCCAAAAAAUCCAUGAAUAUGCUAGCUAUUAUUGGUGAGAUGGACGAUCCCAUAGCUACUCCUUCAUUUUGUUGGUAUGUCUUCCCUUCAAAUGUGAAAUAUGUUGUUGUUAGACAGAAUUCCACCCUUUUUAUUAUCUCUUCUACGGAUAAUUGUGUUCUGUCUUUUAGGCCAUUAUCUUCUUUUAGUCUCGUUUUCAGUGCAUUCAUGGCCAUUUGCAUGGGUAUUUAUCUGUUACAAUUAAAUAACAAAUAAAGCACUGAAAUGACACUGAAAGCUGAAGGUGUCCUUCUGUGAUGUUAUUUCCUCCAUUUAUGGCGAAUGGCAACUAUGGAAUUGUUUAUAUUCAAAUGCAACCGAAAAAUAGUUAAUAUGUAGUGGAAUCAUGAAAAUGCUGAAGGAAAUUUCAAAUGUCCGAGAGAAGCUGGAUUUACAAAUAGGUCGUUCAAUGCAAUUGGAAGCAGAGUUGACACGUGUAAAAUCAAUUAAUGCCCAAUUGGAGUCUGGUAUUCAAGAGAUGACUAAACAAAGUCUGACAAAUGCUCAGACAAGUGCAGCGGAAAUUCGUGCCUUACAGGAAGAAAAACACUUAGCACACAAUAAUCAUCAGUUAGAAAUUAACCUUAUGAAAAAAGAUUUAAAUCAGUUGAGCAAUGAAAAUACAGAGUUUAAGAAAGAAAUCAGUCGUUUGCAGAAUAAAAUUUCAGAGCUUAAGGAGUUGGAGACACAAGUUAAUUCAGUUGGAUUGUUGAAAUCUGAACAAAAGAUGGUUCAAAACUCAUUUGAAGAAAAGUUGAAACAAUUAGAAACAACCUAUGGUCAAAAGCAGAGGGAAGUUGAGAAAUUGUCAUUGGAUUUAAACCAAGCCAAGGAACAAAUCACACUUAAUCGCAAAUCUUUAGAAGUAUUACAAAGUGAACUGGCAUCCAGCCGUACAAUGCUGAUUAAAGCAAGAGAGGAAAUCGUCAAACGAUCACGUAACGAAGAACAACUAGAAAAAUCAAUACAGAAGGUUAAAGUGGAACUUGAACAAACAGUUGUACAUAAAUCAGCUGCAGAGAUAGCCAGUAAAACAGCUAUAGCCAACUCUAAGGAGCUGGAGACUCAAUUAGAAUCUGUAAAGGCUUCUAGCAUGUCUGUACAAACACGUUUACAUGAACUAGAAAAAGAAUUGGAUGAGAAUAAAAUAAAGAAACUACAAUUGGAGGAGAGAAUAAACCAGUUGACAGAAAAUUUAAAAAUCGCUCAAAAACAAGUAGAAGAAAAACAAACGCAAUUGAAUCAUUCAGAUUCAGUUGUCAGUCGUAUGACAAAAGAAUUCAAAAGGACACAAGUGACAAUUGAAGAAAGUGCACAGAAAGUGAACAGCUUAUUUGGUCAGUUGAAGGCAACUCAAGAAAAACUAACUCGAACAACUGAAAGCCUAAAUGACACUGAGAAUAGUAGAAAAGGUUUAAUCAAAGAAUUGGAAGAAUAUAAGAGCACUCAUCAUACACACGACAGUGAAGUUCAGUCCAUGGAGAUUCAAAUCAAUUAUCUACUAAGUGAGCUUGGGCAGAUGAACGAACGUCUAACAACAAACCAGAAAGAUUGGAGUAAUUCUCAAUCAGAAAUUGAGGCUCUAAGGAAACAAGCAAUUGAAUCAUCACUUGAAGUGAAACAGUUAAACACACUUCUGCAUGAAAAACAAAUGAAAUUGGAACAUACAGAAAGACGAUUAACUGAAAUGGAAAGCCAUUUGAAUUCAGCCGAACAAUAUACCCAGUCAUUGAGUUCAGCUAACGAAGAUUUAAUGAAUGAAUUGAAAAAUCGUACUAAUGAAUUAGAAAAGCUACAAAAGGAAAUCAAGCAAAAUAUGACAGGAAUUCAAAAUUCGGAGCUUAUGAUACAAGAAUUAGAAUUCAGUGUCCAACAAUUGACAAAACAGUUAGAACACUCAGAGAAUUUGCGUGUUGAGGCAGAAAAAGCAAGUAAUCAUGCUGUUAGUGAAUCAGCUGCUGUUAAAAUUGAAUUAGCUAAAAAAGAUGAACAAAUAGUCAGCUUACAGAAUACUUCAGAAACUAUAACUCAAAAGUUAAAAUCUCUCGAACAGACAUCUAAUCAAACUGAACAGAUUAUAAAUAAAUACAUCAACUCAGAAAUUGAAAAAGAUAAUAUGAUUCAACGACUUCAAACAGAAAUGGAUCAUAUACGUCAUCAGUUAAAUGAAAAUGAAACAGAACUACAGGAUAAAAAUUCAUCAAUUAAAUCACUUACUAAUGAGCUGGCAGCUGUGAAGUCCCAAUUAUCAGAACUAAUCCUGCAUAGGAAUUCAGAAAAUCUGGCGCAUAAACGUACUGAACUGGAGGUGACAGAUCUUCGUGAAAUGCAAUUAGCUUUUACUGAACAAAUGGAAAGACAGGAACAAUUCAUUGAACGAUUACAAUCUGAACUGGCUAGUGAACGUGAAAAAACUGAUUUUCUAAGCAAGAUAAAGGCAGACAAAGAAAGAGAAAUGCAAAAUAUGAUGGUGCGGGAACUAGAUGUUUUGUUCUUUUUCUCCUUCUUCUUGAUUUGCCCUUUUUACUUGAGCUGGAAUUACCACUGAUAAGUUUUG